AUGAGAGGUGUGGCUUAUUUACACAUCAAAGGUGAGGAUAAGAGUCACAUCCCUAAAACAAGUGAGGACAAGAAUCACAUCCCCAGCACAGGUAAAGACCAGAGUCACAUCCCCAGCACAGGUAAAGACCAGAGCCACAUCCCCAGCACAGGAGGCGUCUUGAAGGACCCCUCAGAGAGUCCUAGAGAUGAACACCCACUCAUAUAUAAUUUCAAGGUUGGGAGGAAGAGGAAAUUGCAAAUCUCACCCCCAAAAAAGAGCCUCGAGACUAGUAUUCUGAACCACGGCCGUAGUUAUGACCCGGACAGUAUUCUGAACCACGGCCGUAGUUAUGACCCGGACAGUAUUCUGAACCACGGCCGUAGUUAUGACCCGGACAGUAUUCUGAACCACGGCCGUAGUUAUGACCCGGACAGUAUUCUGAACCACGGCCGUAGCGGCGACCCGAAUAGUUCUAAUGCCGGGAUUGAUCUUGUCAUUCUCCUCUGGAUUCUUUCCAAAAGGAUUCUAUCUGCAUUCUGUAAUACGGAGACCAGAACUGAACUGCAUAAUCAGCACUACCACAACCAGGAACUACCACAACCAGGAACGACCACAACCAGGAACUACCACAACCAGAAACUACCACAGCCAGAACUACCACAACCAGGAACUACCACAACCAGGAACUACCAAACCAGGAACUACCACAACCAGGAACUACCACAACCAGGAACUACCACAACCACAAACUACCACAACCACCACAACCAGAACUACCACAACCAGGAACGACCACAACCAGGAACUACCACAACCAGAAACUACCAGCCAGGAACUACCACAACCAGGAACGACCACAACCAGGAACUACCACAACCAGAAACUACCACAGCCAGGAACUACCACAACCAGGAACUACCACAACCAGGAACUACCAAACCAGGAACUACCACAACCAGGAACUACCACAACCAGGAACUACCACAACCACAAACUACCACAACCAGGAACUACCACAACCAGGAACUACACAAAGGACUACCAAAACCAGAAACUACCCAGGAACUACCACAACCAGUAACUACCACAACCAGGAACUACCACUACCUACAACCAGGACCAAAACCAGAAACUACCACAACCAGGAACUACCACAACCAGAAACUACCACAACCAGGAACUACUACAACCAGAAGCUACCACAACCAGGAACUACCAAAACCAGAACUACUACAACCAGAAGCUACCACAACCAGGAACUACCACAACCAGGAACUACCACAACCAGAAACUACCACAACCAGUAACUACAACAACCAGAAACUACCACAACCAGUAACUACCACAAACAGGAACUACCACAACCAGGAACUACCACAACCAGGAACUAUCACAACAAGGAACUACCACAACCAGAAAUUACCAAAACCAGAAACUACCACAAGGAACUACCAGGAACUACCACAACAGGAACUACCACAACCAGGAACUACCACAACCAGGAACUACCACAACCAGAAACUACAGAACUACCACAACCAGGAAACUACCAAACCAGGAACUACCACAACCAGGAAACUACCACAACCAGGGAACUUACCACAACCAGGAACUACCACAACCAGAAACUACCACAACCAGAAACUACCACAACCAGGAACUACCACAACCAGGAACUACCACAACCAGGAACUACCACAACCAGGAACUACCACAACGCCUCGACCAAGAUUCACCACAGGGAUAAUGGCUCUAUAG